AUGCUCCGCGCGCUGGCGAGACGAGAGUUGCGCGCGUGCGCGCGCAGAGCGUACUCGCAGGAUGUCGCGAAGGUUGGCGCGAGCUGGGACGCGAUCAAGACGGACGCCCUGUCGGACGCCUCCAAGCGCGAGCUCAUGGCGCUGCAGAAGGCGGUCGCGGACAUGCGCGAUGCGGUGAAUCGCGUGGCGUACAAGGGACCGGAACCGGACUUUGCGGCGAUGAAAAAGGACACGAAGAUGCCGGAGAUCGUGGACGUGUUUGAGAAGGCGUACAAGAGCGUGACGAAGCCGUCGGUGGCGAGUCCAGAGAUCGAGGAGCUCAAGACGUCGUUCGCGGGGAUCGAGGCCGAGGCGAGGGCGGAUGCGGAAGUCGCGAAGAAGCGCAUCGCCGAGCUCGACGUCGAGCUCAAGGCGAUCGCGGAUCAACGCUCCAAGCUCGCCACGAUGACGAUGGACGAGUACUUUGAAGCCAACCCGGAGAUGAAGAAGGAUAUCGACCAGAGGAUUGCCAACGAUGAGUGGUUCCAAGUCAAGUAA